ACACUUUGAGUCUAAUGCACGGUGUCUCAAGAGGUUCCCUGAAGAUCAGACAUUAUGUAGGUACUGUGAAGAUAGAAAUAGAGUAGGUGAGGGAGUGAUGGAUGGAGAGAAGCUGCUUUGAGCCAAGGGAGGCUUCUCUGGGAAGAUACUGGGACCCAUUUCUGCCUCUCCGAGGGAGGAACCAAUGGACGAUAAAAGCUUCACAGAGAGACUUGAGAUGCAGAGACACACCCUCCCUCCCCGCAGUGAUGGAUGACAGAUGCAGAGAGCCCCGGUGCCAAAGCCUGCGCGAUGCCGCACUUUCUGGACUGGUUUGUGCCUGUCUACCUGGUCAUCUCCGUCCUCAUCCUGGUGGGCUUUGGAGCCUGCAUCUACUACUUCGAGCCUGGCCUGCAGGAGGCGCACAAGUGGCGCAUGCAGCGCCCCCUGGUGGACCGUGAUCUCCGCAAGACGCUGAUGAUGCGGGACAACCUGGCUUUCGGAGGCCCAGAAGUCUGAGACUGCCUGGGUACCUGAGACGCUCCAAGCUGACAGAGGGACGACUCCUUUGAUCUUUCCACCCACCCAUCUGCAGCCCAGUAGAGGUCCUCGUUGUUCAGGGGAGCCCCUUUCUGUAGAAACCAGGCACUUGAAUCUUAUUUGCUGCUGUGGGAUCAAAAUCUCAGAGUUGAGCCCAUUCACCCUAUGCCUUCCCUUCCUAGCUCUGGGGACAUCCUCCACUAGCCCUCCACUAGCCCUCAGUGCCUUUGUGCUGUCCUUCCCUCUACCACUCUACCUGGAGUCAGGUCUGACUGUCCCACUGAAUUCUGAGUUGCUUUCUGUUCCCAUCUCUGUUGCACAGCUGAGCUGGACAGGCCUCAAAACUGUCCCAAGACAAGAAUCUAAUUCAGAAGGAUCCUGGCUUGGUAUAGAUCAGCCCCGCUCACCUCUGAGAGGUCAGGCUUAGAAUGAGUGACAGUGUAUGGUGGGGGUGUGCAGAAGGGUAAGACUUUGGGGAGGGUGUGCCUGUAUGUGUGCACACAUGUGAGGGGGGAGGGAGGGAAGGGGGGAGGAAGAGAGGGAGGGAAGGAGGGAUAGAAGGAGAAGAAGAGGAGGAGGAGGAGGAAGAGAAGGAGAAAGAGAAGAAGAGGAGGAGGAGGAGGAAGAGAAGGAGAAAGAGAAGAAGAGGAGAGGAGAGAGUGGGGCCCCAGGCAGAGCAGGCAGUGGUGGGGAUAAAGUGGGCCAGUGGGAGGACUGUCCACAGCAGGGUCCACCCUUACCGCUAGGCUGCCCACACUUCCUUUCUAUCCCAUGCUGCACUUCCAGGGUUGAGCUUAGCCCUGCCUGCCCACUCUGGAAGCUCCUCUUGUGUGGAGGUUUCAUUACUUGACUUUGCACACAAAUUGGCAGCCUCCCUCAGUCUGUCCUGCUGCGGCUUCACUUGUGCAACGCUAAUAAAGGUUCUAUGGCCACCUUUGCA